CGAAAACAUGACGUCAAAGGGCCAUGCCAACCUGACGCUUCGGCACAUGAAAGGACAUGCCAAAUCGGCGUAUACCCUGACGGAUGCCGUCAGCUCCGCCCUCCGGCUCACUGUGAUCGGGAUGGUCGUGGCCGUGUUCGCUGCCUUCUUGCUCUUGGUAGGCGCAGAGGUGGCCACGUUGUCGAGCCCUGGCGUGGCUGCUGCGCAUCCGAUGCUCGACGACACAACGCGACUAUGCACAUCCAUCAUGCUAUGCGCAGCACCGUUCACCGCCGUGCUCAUGUUGGCCACCAGCAGCCACGUCUGGGCGGCGAAGAACUUGGCUCUGGGUCACUUCAAGACGGUUGCUGCGUAUCAAGUGGCGGGGUGGCUCUGCUACGGCGCGGUUCUAUUCGCACACACAUCAUCCUGUACCAACGUCGGAGGGCUCAACCUGCCAAUCCUAUGCACCCCAGUGUCGAAGGCGACGAUGGGGUUCAUGGCAGAACUCUUCAUCGUGUCGUCGCUACUAGCGCUGGAAACACUACGUCAUUCGCCGAUCCUUAGCCCCCGCACGGCAGCCAAUAAGGCGCACCUGUUCACACACAACUACAUGAACUUGUUGGCAGUGGUGGGGGCGCUCGUGUUGGCGCUGAGUGCGGAACGCGUCGAGUUUGCCGACAACUUCUCAACGAACGCAGCCGUGGGAUCGGUGUGUCUGUGCAUUGCCGCCGUGACCAGUACCUACGGCCUGGGUGGCCUUUUGGUCAGUGACAGCUGGAAGUUCUGGCAGCCGUUCUCCGGGGGCGUAGUGUUUGUGAUGGUGCAGUUCGUGUCGUGGUCGUGCUUUACGACGGGUAUCAUCCUGCAAGCCGUCUUCUUUUUGUCGAUCGUAGUUGUGGAAGUCGAACUAUUCGUGGGUGUUAUGGGGGUCGCAGGUGUCCUCUGUGUGGCGUCCCAAGUCGGCAUGAUCGUCAGCUUGUUCGUGUACCAGCCAACGACUACAACCACUACAACGACGCAUCGAUGGCAUUUCUUGGCAUUGUAUCACAUGGAAGGGCUAUUUCCGACACUGAUGGUCAACUUGCCGCCGCUGGCAUUCACGCCGUACGCGCUGCCUUGGAUGUUCGUUCCAUCGUUCACAUGGACAGACGUUGGCAUCUACUUUGUCGUGCAUGUAAGUGUGCAAACCAUCAUUUCCAUCUCCUUGUCCCACCUCCUGCAAGUAUACUACAAGAAAACUUCCAGUGGGGCCACCAGCCCGCCUCUCUACGUGGCACUUCCGCUCGUGUUUUCGACGCUGCCUUUGGUUUCAGUUGUCGUCCACGCGUACGUUGACCACCCCGCCGCCGCCGCGACCGUGGGGUUUGCAAUCCCUUGGUAUGUUUACACGUACAAAACCAUGAACGGCAUGCCGGCGCAAACGGGAAGCCGACAGGAUAAAUCCCUCCAGAAAGCGUACAGCGCCAUGAUAGAGGCCACGGCGCGGUACUUUUCCCUGCAUUUGGUGCGCACGGAACCCCUAAGUCCGUCCCACACGUACAUCUUUGGGUUCCAUCCCCACGGGAUCAUCCCCAUGACGGUGAUGUGGCUCCAAUUCACUGACCAGUGGCGAGAGCUGUUUCCAAACGUGUUUGCGUGUCCGUUGAGCGCGAGUGUCGUGCACUACUUUCCCGGCAUCCGCGACGUCAUCCAGGUCCUGGGGGCUCGUGAGGUGACGCGCACGACAUUUUCCGACGCGCUCAAGAGUCACCAGUCUAUUUUUGUUGUGCCGGGGGGGCAGGCGGAGCUGGUGGCAUCGCAGUCCCGGCAGCGCCAGGUGCGCGUGUUCACUGGCCACAAGGGGUUUGUUCGGAUGGCCUUGGAGCAUGGCGUGUCCUUGGUUCCGGUGCUCAGCUUCAAAGAGGGCGAAAUCCUGGACAACGUCCGGUGGCCCGCCCUCCAGCGGUGGUUCAUCAAGCACUUUGCGUUCCCGUGUCCGUACUUCCCCCACGGAUGGUCCGGCCUACCGAUUCCGAAUCGCGUGCCGCUGAUGAUCGCCAUUGGCGCCCCCAUCGCAGUCGAGAAAGUGAUCAAACCAACGACGGACCAAGUGGAUGCCCUGCACACGAUCUACUUUGACCGACUGAAGGAUCUGUUUACCCAGCACAAGGACGCUGCUGGCUGCGCUGACUACGACCUCGUGUACAUUGCCAAUUAACGUAACAAUAACAAGUUGUUUACAAGGCGUGACCUCCGUUACGAUGUUGAAG